CGUUCCCGGUGCUGCAGAGCGCGCGCCCGCUAGGGUUUCCUUUGCUUUUACUUGUAACUCGUACUGCAGGCUGUGACAUCUGGGAGGCGACAGUGAGUCCAACUCCGCGAAAAAAAAAAACAACAUUUUUACAUUCUUUUUCGCUUUACCCAAAAUGCUCGAGUGCGUUUGAGUGACCAUGGACCGCGUUUACUGUCAUGAAAUAAUACAAUAAUAUAGCGAGGAAAAGGGGGGCUAAAGGGAACUUUUAGUGGAAUAAAAGGAUUUAUCGUUCAAAACAUGGCUGUAAGGGAAGAAGGAGAGGUUUUGCACAGUAGAAUCAAACACCACGAUGGGGUUGGCAAUGCAAACACCACGGAGAGCUUCAGGAACGGCUAUGUGAAGAGCUGCGUCACCCCUUUGAAAGAAGACCACCAAAGGGGCUUUUUAUUUAACGUCUGUCGGUUUUGCAAUGCGGAUUUAACAUGUUCCAAACGAUUUCGAGCCUCGGCUAUUUCCUUUGGUGCAUUUGUAGUUUUUGCAGUUUCUCUACUGGUUUCCAGAAGCCUGCAAAGUGGACUGAGCUCUUUGCUGCUUCUGCGGACUUUGCAGUCAUUUUUGCUGGGCUUUUCGCAAUCACUUAGCCCCCUUUUCAGCAUAGGCUGUGUAUUCUUUUUUUUAACCUUUUAUUUGAGGAGGAACACGAGGGAAAGUUCUAAACCCUGGCUGGUGUCGCUGCCGGCAUCAUGCUACUUGGGGGAUUUCUUGGUUUUGCAGCUUUUGCAAUGGGAGGACAAUCAGCACCAGAUGCUAAUGGUGGGCAGGCUGCUCUUUGUGUUGGGCUGUGUGGGUUUACUGACACUCAUCCCCACUUUGAAACUCAAACACAGUGUUUUGAUUUUGAUUUUUGCCAGUCUGGUCUGGCUCGUUUCCUUCACCAGCCUUGGCUGUUUGCCUCCCUCACUGAGACCCCUUUUGGCAUGCCUGUCGGGGGUAUCCGGCUCUUGCCUGGCGCUUUAUUUUGAUAAUUAUUUUCCAACAAGGGAAGCUUCACACAGGAUCUCCAGCGUAGAGGAAAAGGUGCCUGUGAUCAGACCCCGGAGAAGGUCCAGUUGUGUUUCCUUGGGAGAAACUUCCACAAGUUAUUAUGGCAGUUGUAAAAUGCCCAGGAGACCGUCUUUGCCUUGCAUUUCCAGGGAACAGAUGAUUCUUUGGGACUGGGACCUGAAGCAGUGGUACAAACCACAGUAUCAGGGUGCUGGGGGUGGAAAUGGAGUGGACCUCUCAGUUAUAAACGAAGCCCGUAACCUGGUGUCUGACUUGCUAAUCGAUUCCUCUCUCCCUCCGCAAGUCAUAUCCUCUCUGCGCAGUAUUAGCAGCCUGAUGGGGACGUUUUCAGGCUCCUGUAGGCCACGAGUAAACCCAUUCACCCCCUUCCCUGGCUUCUACUCCUGCACUGAAAUGGAGGACCCAUCAGAGAAGGGAGAAAGGAAGCCUUACAAGGGAAUGACUAGCAGGAGCAGCUUACCCACCCCGCAGCUAAGGAGGAGUUCAGGAGCUUCUAGCCUGCCACCACUAGAGUCUUCAUCUUCAAGGUGGGAUCGCAAUAAUGGAAAGAGACCUCACCAGGAAUUCACUACGGCAAGCCAAGGGUUGCAACCAAAUGGACCUUCGAACCUGCUGACGAUCCCUAAACAGAGGUCUUCAUCUGUAACAUUAACACAUCACGUUGGAUCCAGGCGGGCUGGCACGUCCCCGAGUCUGAGUCCUGUGAACUCACCUAGCCAUGGCCCAGUAAUCGGCGGUUCUCAGGUGACCCGUUCCCCAGUGGAGUUUCCAGACACUGCUGAUUUCCUCACUAAACCAAGUGUCAAUCUUCAUAAACCUUUAGGAUACACUCCGAGUUCUACAGAAUUCCAUCCACAGUUCAGAACGCCUGGCACUUAUCACUGCACUAGUUGUGGACGUCAGACGCUGAAAACGAUUCAGAGUGUGGAGUCUGGGGAGAGUAAUUUACAGUCUGGUACAGAAUUUCGGCACAGACGAUCAGGUGAAGGUGUUGAAAGGACAAGCGAUAACAGACUGUUAAGGGAAUCAGAUGAGAAAGAAGAAACACCAAGUGAACAAUAUUCAUACGUGAGAGGCAAAGCAGAUCCAGAGCAGCAUCCAGAGCAGACACUAAAGAAUCAAGAAACUGAGGACUUUCCAUUAGAUCCAGUAUUGGAAGAUCUGGAAGACCUGAUGGAAAGUGUCAACAAUUGGAAUUUUCCCAUUUUCAAUCUGGUGGAGAAGACCGGGGGGAAAUCAGGAAGAAUACUCAGUGUGGUCAGUUACACCUUGUUUCAAGAUGCAGGUUUAUUUGAAAUCUUUAAAAUACCAACCCGAGAAUUCAUGGCCUACUUCACUGCACUGGAGAAUGGCUACCGGGACAUACCUUAUCAUAAUCGCGUCCACGCCACGGAUGUGCUUCAUGCUGUUUGGUACCUGACAACACGGCCAGUCCCUGGAUUCCAGCAAAUACACAAUGAGCACGUCACUGGGAGUGAUACAGACUCGGACAGUGGGAUUUCCCCGGGCAGAGUGGCCUAUGCAUCCUCCAAAACCUGCCCAAUACAAGAUGAUAGCUAUGGCUGUCUGGCUUGGAACAUCCCUGCCUUGGAGUUGAUGGCACUCUAUGUAGCAGCAGCCAUGCAUGAUUAUGAUCAUCCUGGGCGUACAAAUGCAUUUCUUGUAGCCACUAAUGCCCCGCAGGCUGUGCUGUACAAUGACCGAUCGGUCCUGGAGAACCACCACGCAGCCUCAGCGUGGAAUCUCUUUUUGUCCCUGCCAGAGUUCAACUUUCUGUCUAGCCUGGAUCACGUCGAGUUUAAACGCUUUCGUUUCUUGGUGAUUGAAGCCAUUCUAGCCACAGAUUUGAAGAAACAUUUUGAUUUUCUUGCAGAGUUUAAUGCCAAGGUUAAUGAUGUGAACAGCCCAGGAAUAGACUGGACUAAUGAAAAUGAUCGUCUGUUAGUUUGCCAAGUUUGCAUUAAGCUGGCAGACAUCAAUGGCCCAGCGAAAGCCCGUGAGCUGCACUUAAAAUGGACAGAAGGCAUUGUCAACGAAUUUUAUGAACAGGGAGAUGAAGAGUCUAGUCUUGGUUUACCAAUCAGCCCGUUUAUGGACCGGUCUUCACCUCAACUGGCAAAGCUUCAGGAAUCCUUCAUCACGCAUAUUGUUGGUCCGCUGUGUAACUCGUAUGAUGCAGCCGGUUUGCUUCCAGGCCGCUGGAUUGAAGAGGAUGAGGAUGUGCUGGAGUGUGCUGAGGAAGAUGAAGAUGGAGAUGAUAUAGAAACAGAAGAUGAUGACAUGGAAGAGGACAUUGCACCAAAAAGGAGAAAGGGCAGGCGACGGAUGUUCUGCAGCAUCAUGCACCACUUGACGGAAAAUCACAAAGUGUGGAAGAAGGUUAUCGAAGAGGAAGAGAAGAGCAAGUCUGAACUGAGUAAACAGCAAUCUGAGAACUCAUCUUUACCUCAAACAUCAGAUGACAUCCAGGUGAUUGAGGAAGAGGCAGAAGAGGAUGAGGAGAGACAGCAGGCAGAAGAUAAAAAGUGACGCUACCAGAGUCCUGCUGGACCUCAAAGGACACGCUGAAUUGUCACUGUGCCGACACCAGAGACACAUUUCAUGUCGCGUAGAAAAGGCCUUAAUACUGUGAGAGGAUUCUUGUGAAUUAAGCAGGAACCCCACUCCUAUGCACUUUCACCCCAUGGAAAUAAAAUAAUAAUAAUAAUUACAAAAAAAGCAUACUUAAUGAAAAUAAAUAAACAACAAGCUUGUAAAACAUGAAGUAAGGGCCUUAAUGCCACCCAUGAUGUAAAGUUAGAUAGCUGUGAUUCUGCCUUGUUGAACACAGAGCGCUUACUUUCCAUGAGGUACUUGGAGAUAUAAAAAAAAAUAAAAAUAAAAUAAUGACACUAGUUACCAAAGUGAACAGUGCAAAUAUGGAAAUGUAGGUGAUUCUGAGUACCCUUCAGAUUUCACCAUUUAAAAAGAAAAAUACAUUGUGCCUGUCUGAGACUAGUACUGAACACUACAGUGCAGACUGUAUAUGAACCAUUAUUUCUCUGAAAACUACAGUUUUACCAGAACUUUUGAUACAUUUGGUGACUGUAAAAGCAGACAGUAACAUUAACACAUGCAAGUUCUGAAGUUUUGACUGAAAAAAAAGAAUAUAAAAAUCACCUGCAUCAAUUUUGAUGCCUUUUAUCGUUGUGUAUAACCUGCCUGUUUGGUUUUUACUUUCUGUAUAUAUAUAUAAAAAAAAGUUCAGCAAUGCACAGUGGCCAGUCAGUUCAAUCAACUCAGAAAAGUCCAUUGUUGUUUACCACAUAGCAUACAGAACAGGAAAGCUGUUUCAAUGGAUAUUUUUCCUUUUUUAUUUUACUAUAUAUAUUUUUUCACUGUUACUCAGGAUUCACAUUUAGAAACAUUUAAAUAAAUAGCUAUUUCACAAACUCAUGGAGUCAUAAAAAAAAACAAAAAACAUUUUUAUUCUUUGUACGGGACAAUUGCAACAAAUAUAUAUUCAUUUGUUUUAAACCCUCCUCCAUUAAACUGUUAAAGAAAGGUGAAUAAUUAUAUUGCCAAUUCCCCCACAAAUGUACAAUUCAUUGUGGUAUUUUAUGACUUUUGUAUUUAUUUUCAAAACAGCCCUAGUAAUGAGAUACUACAAAUAGGUUUGAAAAUGGUGUUUGAUUAUGUUGCAGCUUAAUGAAAAUAAAACCGAUUUCGUACAUUGAAUAAAUAAGGUUGACCAUGUAUUAGGAUAGGAUUCGAUUUGUCAGUUGUCCUGCGAUAAUUUUUGUUGUAAACCCACUGAGUCUUGUAUCAUAGUUCUACAAGCAUUAAUAUUUUCACAGAAUAUAUACUUUGCCAAAUAUACACAGGCCAAUAUAUAUGUUCGUUAGCAUCCUACAGUAUUUCCCCAGAACAGUAAAAUACUUGCUGUUACAUCUUCACUGUAUCACAAAAUAAUAUGGCAACAUAACUAAUAAGUAGGAACUCGAGACAUUCCACAAGAAACAUUCUACCUAUUGAAAAAAGAAAAAAAAAGGAUUCAUAUGUGUCAAGGAGUUUGCAAACUAAAUGCAUGUAGAGCUCUUACACAAUGUUUGUAAAUUAUUUCAGGUUGCAGAUAUUAAAGUUCUCGUGCAGACUGUGUAAAUCAAGCUAGUAUAAAAGAAAUGUGCACCCUUUCCUCCUAAGCAAGUGUUUAAUCGCUCCACCCAAGCAUAUCUACACAUCUGUUUUAUACGUGUGGCUGACAUAUAUUGUACAUAGAAAACCUGUAAUUAUCAUCCAGUUUCCAGAGUUUUUAUCUAAUACUAUAUACAGAUGUAAAAUCUGUACAAGGGGAGCUGUGGGUACUUGUGUUUUUUUCUUUUUUGUCUGUGUACUAUGUCUGCGUGUUCCUAAUCAUAACCACUGUUGUUGCUAAAUCUCUGAACACAGCGUUGUUAAUACGCACAGUUGGUGCCAAACUAUUCCCAUCUUGUGAAAUACACCCAGGCAGUGUUCCCAUCAUACAUUUCUACCAGUAAUAAACUUAAGCUACAUGGAAAAACAAACAAUGGAAUACAUUUAAUAAUUAUUUAAUCUUUGGCAAUCACCAUACUUUUAUACACGCUUGGCUGUGAGGUGCAGUUGGUAUGCAUACCUUUAUUUUGUGUAACAGUAGCAAGUUUUAAUGGUGUUCUACCUAAUUUACUACAACACACAGUGCUAUUCAGAACCUGCAACUCUUAGAUAUUAUAAGAUAAUAUUGAUGAUUAUUAUAUUGUGAGGCUAACUGUUUAUUGGGUAAUCACUGUGCAAGUAUCCCUUUUCCCAGUUUUCUUGAAUUUUCAUCAGUGCAUUUAUGAAUGUUCAUGUCAUCAAUGCAUUUACAAAUGGUUGUCAUUUUUAUGUAGCAUCUAAAUACCUAUGUCAGAUGUAACUGUUCAAAUAUGUGGGGAAGUUCAUUUUCACGGUUUUAUUGUUAUUUAUAGUUGUUUAAAAGUCAUAAAAGGCCAUCCCAAAAUA